AUGGGUUGUUUCUCUCUAUAUCAACAGGCCAGAAAACAAAAACCAAUAUACCUUAAACUUGCCAUCUCCAUUAGUAUAAGAUUAACUGAAAUGGCAUACUGGAAAGUUUUAGUUACCCUGCUUGUUUUCAUUCUUCAAUCCUUUCCUAUACUGGUUCCAGUUGAAGCUACUAAAACUGCAUCUUUACCUCUCGCAAACACUACUGAAGUCAAAGUGAGAUGUGUUAAGGGGGAGAGGAAAGCUCUAUUAAGAUUUAAGCAAAGUCUCACAGACCCGUCUGAUCGACUGGCUUCUUGGAUUGGCAAAGAAUGCUGCACGUGGGAAGGUGUUUACUGUGACAUCCAAACUGGUUAUGUCAUCAGCCUUGAUCUCAAUGACAGAUCAGACAAUUGUUAUGGGAAGAAAUGGGGAGAUUUGAUUCCAGGCAAUUCAACAUGCUUGGGUGGCAAGAUAAGUCCUGCUUUACUUGACUUGCAACAUUUAGAGUAUUUAGACCUUGGUGGCAAUGACUUCCAAGGACUUGCCACUCCCAAUUUCUUGGGUUCUCUUGAAAAAUUACAGUACCUUAACCUCAGUCUUUCAUCUCUUGUUGGUAUUCCUCCUUCAUUUGGAAAUCUAUCCAAUUUACGUUAUUUAGACCUUAAUCAAUAUUCCUUUCCUCACCAUACUGCUGAGAGUAGCUGGGUCAAAGAUUUGAAUUGGGUUUCCAGUCUGUCUUCUUUGAAGUAUGUUGAUCUUUCUUUUGUGGACCUUUCUUUAGCAACAAAUUGGCUUGAGGCUUUUAAUAAGCUGCCAUCUUUAGUGACUCUGAUUUUGGUAAACAGUAGUCUUCACUAUCUCCCUUAUUCCUUCCCCAACUGGAAUAUGACAAACCUUUCUCAUCUCGACCUUUCAGGGAAUAACUUUGUUGAUUCUGUUCUGCCUAAAUGGUUGUCUAAUGCCACCACCCUUGAGACACUUGAUAUAGGAAUCACCAACAUUGAAGGUCCAAUAUCAAAUGUUGAGUGGGGUAAACUCUGUAUUUUGCAGGUGUUAUAUCUAUCGCACAAUAAAAUUAGUGGAGACAUAAGUCAAGUGGUGGAAGGGUUGUCCAGCUGCAGCAACACGACCCUAUUGUACUUAGGUCUAUGCGAUAACCAGUUGACAGGGCAAUUGCCAAACUCAUUAGGACAUUUGAAGAAAUUAAGGAUCUUUGCUAUUUGUUUUAACCCAAUAUCUAGCACGAUUCCAACAACUAUUGAGCAUCUAUCAGGCUUGGAAGUUUUGGACUUGGGACAUAAUCAACUUAAGGGAGCAUUACCUGAGAGUAUUUUUAAUUUUUCUGAAUUAACCGAGUUGCGGCUGACAACAAAUGCUUUGGAAGGCAACCUUUCACAAAAUCACUUUGCAAGACUCCAUCAACUGAAAAAGUUAUCCCUAUCUUGUGGAAAAAGUUUUGCAGUCAACUUGACCAAUGAUUGGGUUCCUCCAUUUAGCCUCAUAGAGAUUGAGCUUAGAAGUUGCAGUUUGGGUCCCAACUUCCCAACAUGGCUUGAAACUCAAAAGCAACUUGAGGUUGUUAUUCUCUCCAGUGACUCCAUUUCAGAUCCAAUACCUCCUUGGCUUUGGAAUCUGUGCUCACAACUGCAGUAUCUCGAUCUAUCAGAUAACCAGAUUGGUGGAAGUCUUCCGAGGUUAGUAAGUUUUAAAUCAUAUUAUUCAAGCUGGACAGUGGACUUCUAUUCUAGUUACAAAUAUGGUGUCGUGGUGGACUUAAGUUCCAACCACUUCAAUGGUUUGUUACCUCUUUGGCCUGAUGUGACACAUAUGAAUCUUGCAAACAACCUGUUUUCAGGAUCUAUUCCCAUAAAUAUUGGUCAUGUGAUGACAAAACUCCAAGUUUUAGAUCUUUCUGGAAAUGCUUUUACCGGAUCUAUACCAUAUUCAAUAACAAAGGUAAAGAAACUUUUGAGAUUGGACAUUUCAGACAAUCAUUUGUCCGGAAAGCUCCCUGAUUGGUGGUAUGAAUUGCAACAACUUCAUGUCAUAGAUCUUUCGGGGAAUAAUCUUUCAGGUGGUAUUCCUCCUUCAGUGUGUUCACCACCCUCACUUUUUUGGUUAAGAUUGAGUCGCAACAACCUUUUUGGAGAACUUCCAAAAUCAUUGAGGAAUUGCAAAAGCUUGCUUACACUUGAUAUUGGAGAGAACAAAAUCAAUGGCACCAUACCCGUGUGGUUCGGAGAAAGUCUCUUAUCUCUGCAAAAGCUUAGAAUGACGGGUAACAUGAUUGAUGGACGUAUUCCACCACAACUAUGCCAACUUUCUAGCCUCCAAAUUCUUGAUCUUUCACAUAACCAUUUGGAAGGUUCUAUUCCUUCCUGCCUGGGAAGUUUGAGAGCUUUUAAGUCCGUAAAAUUUUACAAGUGGCUUCCUAAUUACUACCGUUUCAGCUAUGUCUUUACACCCAAGAUGGAGUUGGUUAAGAAAGGAACAAAAAUGACAUACACCUUCACCUUAGAUCAAGUGAAUCUUAUUGAUCUUUCCUGCAACAGCCUUCACGGAGAAAUCCCGACUGAGAUUAUUAAUCUCUCAGCCUUAGGCACUCUGAAUCUAUCUUGGAACCAAUUAUCAGGAAGAAUUCCAAAGGACAUAGGGAGCAUGCAGCUAUUGGAGACACUAGACCUUUCCUCUAACCAUCUCUCAGGUUCUAUCCCAUUGAGCAUGUCAUCCAUCACUUCAUUGAGCCAUCUUAACUUGUCACAUAACAACCUUAGUGGCCCUAUCCCAUCAACAAACCAAUUCGGAACCUUUACUGAUCCUUCAUGUUUCGAAGGCAAUCCGGAACUUUGUGGGAAACCAUUGCUAACGGAUUGCUCUCUAGCCAGAGAAAAGGAAACGGAAAGGAAAAUUGAAGAUGAUGACGAUGAUGAUGAGCAGGAGAUAAGGCAAUGUUUUUUUGUGGGCGCGGGAGUUGGAUUUGUUGUCAUGUUUGUGGCGACAUUUAGCAGCUUGAUGAUAGACAAGUCGUGGAGAUACUGCUGCUUCCAUUUCAUGGAGGAAGUUGGAGAAAGAGUUAUCAGUUGCUGUUUGGGUUUCAUCGCUUGCUUGAAUAGGAUUUUUACAGUGAGAAGGAAUUUAUUUCUAUAG